UGAGUCUACUGUCGUUUCUGUCUGAAUAAUUCAUAAUUUUGCCUAAAAAUUCUCCCACGCUGUUUACCUUUGAAUCACAGUGGAGCAUUACAGAUACGGAAUUGACAAAACAACACGGGAAUCAUCCAGAGUAUAAUGUGAGAAUGAACAGUUAAAUUUAGCGCAUAAAGCUUUGAAUGAAUUAUUGUUUCAAUUCCACGGGUGCGUUUCAACUUGGACAGAACAAGUCGACUCAAGCAAUGAAAACUACUAAUUCUAUCCGCCUUGGUUGAGAUUAGAGAUUGUGAUUCACAUAGAAGAAUUUCCUUGAAGAACUAAGGGUAGAACUUAUCAAAGCUAUUUCAAACCAAGCCCAAUCUCAGGGCAGAAGCAUUCUUCUUUAUUUUAUUGACCGGAAACUGUGGAAUAUUUUGCGUUUGCCAAAUGGAGGCUGCGUCCUACGGAUCGGCAUGCUACGGGAUGCCAGUACCGACGAUCCCAACACCACCAGGACUCGAGGCGAUCUAUUCUACACUAAGAAAGCUUUACCCUGAUCAGCCUAAUCCUUUGCAAGUCACAGCUCUCGUGAAAUGCUGGCUUGGGGGUCCGGAUCCUUUAGACUUUAUCAGCAUGUUCGGCAAUGCAGGAAGCCCUAUGGAGGGGAUCCCCCCACACUGGCACUAUGUGUCUUCAGGGCUGUCCGAUCUCCAUGGAGAUGGCCGGGUGCAUGACUUCACAGGUCGUGAUAGUCGCAGUGGGUAUGGUUUUGAGCUGACAUUCAGGCUGAAAAAACAGCCUGGGGAAAGUGCUCCUCCAACUUGGCCAGCAGAGUUACUUCAGCAACUGGCCAGAUAUGUCUUUCAAACUGAGAACAUUCUGUGUGCCGUUGAUCAUGUCUCUUGGCAUGCCCCUCUCGACUACACCCCAUCAACUAUGGGCCACUACCCUAGUAGCAAGAUGUCACAGAUACAGCACAUGCUUCUUGCUGAGGACCCUCAGGUUCCCACCAUCUACACACCUCUGGGAAGGGUGGAGUUUGUACAGAUUCUUGGAGUGACAGCAGAAGAGCUGCAGGCUGCACAGCAUUGGAAUUGUAAAUCAGUCUUGGACCUUAUGCGCAAGACUCCACCAGCUGGUGGUCCCUGGCUAGUGACAGACAUGGAUAGGGUGGAGUCAAUAUUCGAAAUCAAACCCAAACUAAAGGAGGUCGUCACUCAUGGAAUCGAGAGAGAUGGCUCUAAUCUAAGUGGCGUUGCUGCUAAGUGCUUCUGGGAAGAAUUUAGUCCAACUCGGUCUUUCCCCAGACCCGCCUCUGAAGACCCUACGCUCGCCCGUCCGGUACCUCAAACCUCCAAAGAUCUCGCCACCCGCUACAAGGUCCUGCCGUCCAUUCGUGGGGGCGUCAAUCCAAAGGGCGAGCCCUCUGCGCAUGACAGAGGUUCUCCAUGUGGAAGCGCGGUUAGUGAGAUUGUCCGCACGAGGACGCUCGUGGGCGCACAUCUGCGGUUUGGUUACGAAGCCGCCAUGCUACUUCCACUUGCUAUCAGGGGUCGGUUGCGCCACGGCCGUCACUUCACCUUCAGCAGUUCCGUGAGCGACACAACCAUCACAUUGGUAACGAGUAACGUCGCGGGAUCCAUCGCUGAUCGCGAACAUCCAUACUCUGCGUGUGGCUCUUGGCUACAGUUGUUGAUCUCAGACGAAUUCCUAAAAAGGCUCGAUAGAGACCUGGACGACCUUACAAGACCACGUGAUUUGGACCUGCCUAAAGAAUAUCGAUGGCCGGCAGACGGUCUGAUUAUUACUGUACUGCCCGAAGAGUGAAUCACCCUCACAGAAAAAAUUGGAAACCGCGCACUAUGCAGGCUAGUAUAUUAUAGAUCAGAAUUUAGGCUGAGGGCUUUGGUACAACAGAGAAAGAAAGGGCGUGCCUUAGGACGCUGGUCUAGGGUGCAAAGACUAUGGGAAGGAAUUUGACAAUGUCUAAGAGCACUUUGCGACAGAGGGCAGAAUUAGAUAUUGUCUUAGGG